GAGAAAAGUGGUGUGUCCCAACAACACCACUUUGAACACAUGAUCCUUUCCAUACAUACAAGACUCCAGAGAUCUUUCCAAAGUUCCCUUCCAAAAUCUUAUCCUCAGAGCGACACGGGGAAACAGGCUGGAAAAAAGUUUAUACAUGGAAUGGGAAUAAAGAUAUGAUUAAACUACUUUAUUCAGAUACCAAAAUAUCCACCAUUUAUUUCUCCCCCACAACCUGCUCUUGUGUUGUGCCUCCCUGUCUUUACCCCAACCCAUCAAACCUUCUUCGUUACAUGCUUUGUAAUUUCAGUAAUAAAUAAAUAGUCACUUAGUUAUUUCCAUGGCGGACCUUGUCGACAAUAUGUUUCUCUGUGUUAUUAUUUCUGUUGUAAUAUUUUACUUUAUAUUCCGUUCAUCCAGGUUCCGGAGGCUCCGGUUGCCGCCGGGGAGUCUGGGGCUGCCCUUUGUAGGGGAGACUCUCCAGCUUAUAGCGGCCUACAAAACUGAGAAUCCUGAACCGUUCAUUGACGAGAGGGUCAACCGGUUCGGGUCCAUAUUCACCACCCAUGUUUUCGGUGAGCCGACGGUGUUCUCUGCAGACCCAGAAACGAACCGGUUCAUAUUGCAGAAUGAAGGGAAACUGUUUGACUGCAGCUACCCGGGUUCCAUAUCAAACCUCUUGGGAAAGCAUUCUCUUUUGUUGAUGAAAGGGAGUCUCCACAAGAGAAUGCAUUCUCUUACUGUGAGUUUCGCUAAUUCCUCCAUUAUUAAAGACCAUCUUUUGGUCGAUAUAGACCGCCUAGUUCGACUUAAUAUGGACUCAUGGACCGACCGGGUCCUCCUCAUGGAAGAAGCCAAGAAGAUAACAUUUGAGUUAACAGUGAAGCAACUAAUGAGUUUUGAUCCCGGAGAAUGGACGGAAAGUCUUAGAAAAGAAUAUGUUCUUGUUAUUGAAGGCUUCUUCACGGUGCCUUUGCGGAUUUUCUCCGCCACCUACCGCAGAGCCAUUCAAGCGAGGACGAAGGUGGCAGAGGCGUUGAGUUUUAUAGUGAGGGAAAGGAGAAAAGAGAGUGAAUCGGGUGACCGAAAGAGUGACAUGUUGGGUGCACUUUUGGCCGAGGGGGGCUUUUCCGACGAUGAAAUUGCCGAUUUCUUGGUGGCUUUAUUGGUGGCGGGGUAUGAAACCACCUCUACUAUAAUGACUCUAGCUGUCAAGUUCCUCACGGAGACCCCUCUUGCUUUAGCUCAACUAAAGGAGGAGCAUGAGGGGAUCAGGGCAAGGAAGAAGAAGGAAGAUGGCCUUGAAUGGAGUGAUUAUAAAUCAAUGCCAUUUACUCAAUGUGUUGUAAAUGAGACCCUGAGAGUGGCAAACAUAACCAGUGGAGUAUUUAGAAGAGCAAUGACUGAUAUCGAUAUUAAAGGUUACACGAUCCCUAAAGGAUGGAGGGUUUUUGCAUCAUUUAGAGCUGUACAUUUAGAUCAUGAUCAUUUUAAAGAUGCUCGCACUUUCAAUCCAUGGAGAUGGCAGGAACAGAGUAAUUCAGGAGGAGCAAGUUCGGGGAAUGUGUUUACCCCAUUUGGAGGAGGGCCACGGCUGUGCCCUGGUUAUGAACUUGCCAGGGUUGAGCUCUCUGUGUUUCUUCACCACUUAGUCACUCGAUUCAGUUGGGUUCCCGCUGAAAAGGACAAGGUGGUUUUCUUUCCAACAACUAGAACGCAGAAGAGGUAUCCAAUUAUUGUGAAGCCUCUAAAUGUAGAAGAAGAGAAGUAAUUAUGUUUUGAUGUUGGAUUAAUCUUACUGUAUCAGUGGAAUAUUAAUAUGUAAAUUAUCAUAUUUACAUUAAUUAUUUGCCUAA